AUGGCUUCGAUAGCGUCGGCGACCUCGCUCUCGGCAGUUGCCGUCUUGUGUGUCCUCAGGGUUGCCGGGGCUGACUCGCCUAUUUACCUCCGCCGUCUGACUGGCCAACCCGAAGGGGAACGCUCGUGGAUGCUUGCACUUGAGAGCGAUGCUACGGACGAGGAGGUGCGGCUCCUUGGUCGGGAAUUGCAGGAUGGGCAGCACACCGAUCGAGACAAAGGUGAGCUGCUCUAUGUGUGGGGGCGCACGACGAUGAUCGGCCUCCGGGCGCUGCUGGAGAAGAUCCCGGGGCGAGUGAGGUUUGCCGAGGAGGACCUUCUUGAGAGGAAGGCCUUGGAGCCCACCCACGCCAUGGACAGGCGAAUGUUGCAGCGGACCUACCCGUGGGGGAUCCAGGACAUCAGCGCGGAUGUGGUCCGGGGGCGGGGCGCGGGGGUGAACGUGUAUGUUCUGGACACUGGUAUCCGCACAACCCACGAGCAGUUCGGCGGCCGGGCCUUCGCGGGAGUGGACGUGGCCAGCACGGGAAGUCUAACGUACUGCCUCCCAGACAGCACGACGUGCUCUGCAGACGACCAUGGGCACGGAACCGCAAGCGCCGGCGUGGUGGGGGCCUCGACAUAUGGCGUCGCGGAUGGAGCGACCCUCUGGUCGAUGAAGGUACUCGAUGCCAAUGCUGACGGCUACACCGCUUGGUCCGUCGCUGCAGAGCAGUGGGUUUUGACGAAUGGUCUCAGGCCAGCGGUGGUCAACGUGGGUUUCUCAGGGGCUGGCCAAUCGCCAUCGGAGAAGGAAUCAAUCGAUGCAUUAGUUUCCGAUGGCGUGACCGUGGUGGUGGCUGCGGGGAAUGAAAACGGAGAUGCGUGCGGGUUUAAUCCGGCAUUCAUCUCGUCGGCGAUUACUGUCGCGUCUUAUGGUGGAGUUAGUGGUUCGUCACCAGCCAGAUCCACGUACAGUAAUUACGGGUCUUGCGUCGACGUUUGGGCUCCAGGCUCGUCGAUCCCCUCGACUGCGCACUCCAGCGACACUGCGGUGGAUACUGGUUUCGGCACAGCGUAUUCCUGCGCACACGUCACUGGGCUUGUGGCCAUUAUGUACGAGGCGAAUCCAACGGCGGGUGGCAUGACCGCUUCCCAGAGGUGGAAUCUUUUGACAGCCUCCAGACGCUUGCACUACGUCACUGGACUCCCCAGUACACCAUUCACUCCGAAUGUGGUGCCUUUGGCACCUACGCCGGGGCAGCCGCCAGUCUGUGUCGACACCGACGACGGGGCCACUGGUUCAAAUAGCUUUUCCUGCAACGAUUGGUUGGAUUAUUCACUGUACUGCCAUAAUAGUCAGUACUACGACGAUAUCGACUUCACUGCUUUAUCCAUGUGCUGCGCUUGCUUUGGUGGAGACUUUCCAGCUGCCUGCGGUAAUUCCCCUACCCCUGUACCAGCACGUCAUUCUGGACGGCGACUCUUCGAAGGGGUACGGGAGCCUGUCACGUGUGGGCUCUUCGUGUCUCCGGGCUUGGGCAUGUCAUGA